AAUUUCCGAUGUAAACACAAUGUGUCCUUACAGAUAUGAAUUCCCAGACCCAAAAAUUAAUCGUUAUGACGAAGAACACGAGCUGCCAUAUCGAUGGAUCAAAUAUGGUCAUAGGUAGUGACGAGCUGACUGAUCCAAGUUCACCUGACAGUACGUCAUUCGACGAUCCAACUGAUCUUCUAAGUUCUGCUGUAACUGAUGAUGUUACCCAACAACUGGCAGCUGCCGGACCGGUUGGAAUUGCAGCAGCAGCAGCCAUAGCCACAGGAAAAAAGAGGAAAAGAGCCCAUCUUUUUGAAACUAACCCUUCGAUACGCAAAAGACAGCAAACGCGCUUGUUACGGAAACUUAAAGCAACUAUAGAAGAGUAUACAACUCGUGUUGGGCAACAAGCUGUCGUCCUAUGCUGCACUCCUGGAAAAUCAAACGGCUCUCAGUCUACUUUCAAAGUUUUUGGUUCCCAACCUUUAGAACAAGUAGUAAAGCAGAAUAGACAGCAAAUUAUGAGCGAUUUAGAACAAAGUUUAAAUCAGACUAUGCCAGCACAUGCUCAAGACACGCAUCAAUUGCAUGAACUACCACCUCUUGUCAUUGAUGGCAUACCAACUCCUGUUGACAAGAUGACCCAGGCUCAACUACGCGCCUUCAUUCCCGAAAUGCUCAAAUAUAGCACAGGAAGGAGUAAACCUGGAUGGGGUAAGAAGGAGUGUAUUCCUGUUUGGUGGCCAGAUGAUGUUCCUUGGGCAAAUGUUCGAAGCGAUGUGCGUACUGAUGAAAUGAAGAAAAAAAUAUCUUGGACGCAAGCUCUUAGAACAAUUGUUAAGAAUUGCUAUAAACAUCAUGGGAGAGACGAUUUGUUACCACAAUUCGAUGAUCAUCAUACUUCAACAUUGGUUGGUCAAACAACCGAAACCAUUACCCAUGCACCUGUAGUUCAGACGAUAACAGGAUCUGAUGGCAGUGUGCGAAUUCUCCAUGUUGUUCAAUUAUCAGAUGGCACAACAGCUCAAUUAGUCCCAGCCGUAGCAGCCUUGGGCGAAGCAACACAAGCAGCUCAGACAUUGACUGCUUCAGACAGUUCAGUUGAUAAUGGAGAACACCUAUCUCACCUACAGGACGGUCAAAUAGUAUUUGGUAGUGACUCAGAUAUGGUAGAGUCCUCUAUAAAUUCUGGUCAGGUCAGCAUGAUAACAAUACCUGUUUCAAUGUAUGGAACAAUGGUUAAUGGAUCAGCUAUAUCUGCUUUGCAAAUGUCUGAAGACGUAAAACCUGUAAUAGAAAAUGAGAAAAAGGUUCCCGAUGCAACGCAAGCUGUAGAAGUAAUGACCGUUACAACGUAA